GUCUUGUGCACACCCAUAUCAGGUAUACACACACACACACACACAGAGGCCAAUGAAGGUUGUCAUUGGCAGUAUUAGUCAUUGAGGUUAGUAAUGUGGCGCAACACAACUGCAGUUUGUUGCAUUUAUGAUAGAACUGUCGCAUUCGAUAGCGUGUUGAGCCUGAAGGAGAAACAAGAGGCCUAUAAUUAGUCCCUGCAUCUGCAGACCUGCACAUCUGAAACGACAGGAGACAGGAGAUCCCUUCCCUCUUGUACCUGCAACACUGUCUUUACCUGGACAGGAGACAAUGGCCAGUCCAGUUCGGAUCCAGACAGAAAACCCCAUUCUUCAGACGCCACGUCCAGGUUUUACAGAUACCUUGCUGGCUGUUCUUAAGCGAGAAGAUGGCGUAGUGCAGACCACGGAGGUGGUCGACCACAAACCCCGUCUAGAUGGCUUGGACCGUGGACAUCCUGGACUCUAUCUGUCCUGCUUCGACAUGCCCUUCACUGAGGACGCCACCUGGCUGGUGAGGGUGUCGGAUUCUUCCACAUUCGUGGAGGCCACCGGGCCCCGACUGGAACCAUGUCAGGAACCAGAGCAGUGUCCUGUCAUUGACAGCCCCGGGCUGGGAACCUCGCCGCUGUCGCCUACCCUGGAGCAACAGGUGGAGGAGAGAUCUUUGGAGCAGGUGCAAAGUCUGGUGGUGGGAGAAGUUCUGAAGGACAUUGAAACAGCUUGUAAACUUCUAAACAUCACACCAGACCCAGUGGAGUGGAAUUGUGGGAAUGUACAGAAGUGGUUACUAUGGACGGAGCAUCUUUACAGGCUUCCACAGGUUGGCAAGGCCUUCCGAGACCUGGAUGGGAAAGAUUUAUGUUCCAUGAGUGAGGAAGACUUCCGACAGCGGUCGCCACAGUGCAGUGAAACCUUACAUGCACAUCUGGAUAUAUGGAAAUCAGCUGCCUGGAUGAAGGAAAGGUGUUCGGUUGGAGAGACCAGGAUAAGAGAACCAGAGGAAAUUUGGUCAGAGGCAGAUUCAUCAUGUUCUGGUCAGCCGAUCCACCUGUGGCAGUUUCUUAGAGAACUCCUCCUGAAACCUCACAGUUAUGGACGCUGUAUCCGCUGGCUAAACAAAGAGAAAGGGAUUUUCAAAAUUGAAGAUUCGGCUCACGUUGCACGUCUCUGGGGUUUGAGGAAGAACCGGCCAGCUAUGAACUAUGACAAACUCAGCCGCUCCAUUCGGCAGUACUAUAAAAAGGGCAUCAUACGCAAGCCAGAUGUCUCUCAAAGACUCGUCUAUCAGUUUGUGUAUCCUGUUUAAAGAGAUAAUGGUUUGAUCCAUCCAUAUCAGAAGAUGGGCUCAAACUUUAUGAACUGAUGAGCCCUCCUAAACAUUUCUAUCUACUUUGGAUCCGGAGUUUUCCACAAGCGCGAAACAAAGAAAAAUGGCCCAAGAUUUGAAUUAUUUUCUAUGCAUAACAUGUAAAUGUGCCUGAAAAUGUCAAAUGAAUUGUUUCUUAUAUUUGCACUACUUUAAAAACACUUGUGAUCCACUUCAACACUGGAUUCCAUUAAACAUGGUACUUUUACUUUCUGUUACUUCAAAAGCCUGUCAACUACACUACCAGUCAAAUAGUGGACAUGCCUUACAGAAUACAUGUUUUGCAAGAUCUUAAAAAUCCCCCCGGAGCAACCUGGAGUUAAGUGCCUUGCUCAAGGACACAAUGGUGGUGGCUGUGGGGAUCGAACCAGCAACCUUCUGAUUAACAGUUCUGUGCUUAGACCACUACGCCACCACCACUCCAUCGGCUAUAUAAGUAGCUGCUUUCCUCACGCUGGUUUCUUUCGGCCUUCCACCUCCCCAACUUUCAUAACGCCUACACUAUCUAUUAUUUUUUCAACUGUCUUUCUAUUUCUGGCUAGAUGGUUCUUGGGGGAUGGAUAUUAGAGGUCUAGCCCAGCCCUAUGCUUGAGCCCCUUUGUUAAAGACAGCACACUUUUGACUGAUAGUGUAGAUUAUGUUUAACAAGGUUAAAAAUAAGAGAGAUUCAGUAAACUCUUUAAAGCAUGUUACAAAGAAAAAAGCCAAAACUCGCAAGAUCUGCCUGUCAACGUACACUUUAACCCAUUUAACCCUCUUUAACUGAUAAGGUGUAAGCGUUUCUUUGUGGACUCAAGCACCUUUAUGUACAUUAAAAUGAGCGUGCAUUGUUCUAAGCCAGCUUUCAUAUUCACAUCACCGUGUGAAUACUGCCAGCAUGUGCAGUGGAAAGGAUGCCAGUUUGGUUUAAUCUCUGGCUUGCACCCAACAAACAUCACUUUUUUUUCCUGGUUUGUGAUUAAUAGCACUGCAAACCUUUCAUGUGGACUUACAAAAGACAGUUACUUCAGUUCACCUGACUCAUACAUUAUCAUCCACUGUUUCACACACCUCACUGCUCACGUCAUGUUUUAUGCCACUGAUGCAAGAGAGGGCUUACCGGCGGCCCAUGGAUUUGUUAUAAUAGUUGUAUGUGUCACUUGUGUUGUGAAGGUUAAUUGACGCAGGUUUCUGUAAGAUACUAGUCAGAAAGGCUUGUAUUUUUGAAAUCUCAAUUGUAAAAUGUGUAAUCUGGAAGAGUGCUCUUGAGUUUGCAUUGGAACAAUCCUUCCAAAAACAACAGUUUCACUUUAAUGUUGACAUUACUAAAUAUUAUUCAUAC